AGCUUGCGCAGGGUCCCAGCACGCAUCUGACUCCAGUGAGAAACAUGGCGUCCGCCUUACUGUUACUGUCGUUCCCGUGGCCAGCGCGUCCCGGACCGCUCCGGAGGUGCUGGGAGCUGCUGCAGCAACUGCAACAGAGCUGGAAUGGGGUUGUCAGUCCUCAGUGGGCACCAGCAUUAGCAGUCCAGGGUCCACCCAUACUCACAGAACUAGCACAUGAUACCAGUGGAAAUAAAGAAGAGUCCAGCUUUUUAGAUAGUAUCUUUUGGAUGGCAGCCCCCAAAAACAGACGCACCAUUGAAGUUAACCGAUGUAGGAGAAGAAACCCCCGGAAGCUUAUUGCAAUUAAGAACAAUAUAGACAUGUGCCCUGAAUGUGGUCACCUGAAGCAGAAACAUGUCCUUUGUGGCUAUUGCUAUGAGAAAGUACGCGAGGAAACAACAAAAAUCAGGCAACAGAUAUGGGCUCAAGAAGGGGGCCCCUUGAAAGCUCCCACCGUCGAGACUGUGGUUCUGUACACAGGAGAGAAACCGUCAGAGCAAGAUCACGGCAAGAGGAUUGUUGAACGAAACAUGAAGAGGCCUUCUUGGUUCACCCAGAAUUGACACUAAAGAAGUUAAAAGGAUAAUUUCAUAGUAAGGAAAAUUUCAUAGUCAGUCUCUAAAAUCAGGAGUCUUUGUUUUCAUAUCAUCAGUGUGUUUUAAAAUGGACUUUAUUAGUUGUUAAUUUUAAAUGAGGUAAUUUGAAUAGUGUAUCUUUAAUAAACUCAAUAUGUUUAUGCAAAGGCUCAAGAGACUAAUAUGUAUGUUCCUGUAAUGCUGUUGGGUUUUUAUUAAAGCUAAAAUUUCCAGACCAAAACAAAAAGUAAUUUAAUAAAAUUCAUAGCUCAUAUAGGCUGUUUGAAUUCUUGCAGAUUUUUAAAAUGAUAGUUGUGUCAAUAAGAAAAGGUUGUAGAGAGACAGGAAGGGGUGCAGUAGGAAAAUGCAUGGGAGUGGGGCAAGAAAGGACUUAGACAGAAUACAGGUCUGGCAGUUACCUGGACCAAGUGAUGUAGUACAGACCAUGAUGGUGAUAUAGAGAGAGGUAAUGGGAUAUAUAGAUAGGAUAUAUAUAGAACUAAUGGAAAUUGUCAUGUUUCAGAAACAGGACAAACUAGAUUUGGUGAUCAUUUGGUGGUGUAGAGACCAGAAGAUGCAAACAUCAGGUAGUGGGUAGUCAGCCCAUAACUGCUGCCAGCAGGCUGGGGAGCUCCCUUUCCCUUCGGGGCCGUCACUCAAGUAAAACUGGGUCCUUGGGUCUGGCCAGAUGUCUCAGCCUGAUGACCUGAGUUUAAUUGCAGAGACACACAUAUUGGCAGGAGAGAAACAGCUCCCAGAUGCUGCACUUUUGUAACUGGCCUGUCAUAGACAAAUAGUUCCUAAAGGCACACUUUAGCUGCCGGACUAUUAAGACAAUGAACAUCAGUGAUCUCUUGGUGGAAGAAGAAAAACACUGAAACUUGAUGCCAGACAGAGGAAUGUAUUGGCUCCCAGGAAAGAUAUUUCACACAACUCUAAUGAUUUGUAAGACUGCCUUGCAAGCUAAGAAUGAAGCCCAGAUGAUUGGCAGGACCAUAACUUGAAUAGGACUGGUAAAAUGUAUGUAUUCCUGGUCCUCUGUUUAAACUUGAAUCUCAUUUCAGGGCCCUAAAGAUGGCAGGGUGGGAGGUGUGUCUCCCUGAAUCUCUUGUGCCUUCUUCCCAAUGUGAGUAAUCCCACAUUAAAUAAAUCUCUUUUCUUUGUUUUGCUAUUAA